AUGCCUGGGCUGGAACUCCCCGGUGAAUUUCUUCGGCAUGCAGUUAUUUCCACCGUCGUACCGCAUGCGCCGGCGCUCGAUAUUGAAGGGUCCCUAACAGCGGCCUUGGAAGACGGAGCUGAUGACCUACCCUCGCUCCAAACUCACAAAGCUACAUUCGUGAUUUUCUUACUGACUACGGGCCUCAUAGACGAGCAUCUGCCCGUUCGCAUCGUCCUACGACUGUCCGAUUGCACAGACACGACAUUGAAGCAUUACCUACCCCGUCUCGAAGUCAAACUUGAUGUAUUUGCGAUCGAUUCAGCUGAAAAUGUUGCUGAGAACCCAACACCUACUCGCGAGGCCAUAUACUCCGGUUUUGUCAACACGGAAGAGGAACCACUGGUGAUUUUUAACGAAUUUGAGGGCAGCGAGGGGACAGGGAACCAUGUUUACCUGAUAUGGAACAUUGAGACCUUCUUAAAGCGCCCCAGAACGCGUAUCCAGAGCCCAUCGCUCUUGUUUAUGGCGUCUGCAAGCCUAACUCCAGCUGAACCCGGACGACAAGAAGAUCCGGAAGACGACUAUUUACCUCCGCUCGUCCCUGCGUCCACAAAUAUGUUCCAGCCUUUGUCUGGUGAUAAAUUACUUACUCAACGAGAACCUUUCCUGCCAGCUUCUCGACUGCUGCGCUUGGUUCCCACCACGCAAAACGAAGACCCCAUCUAUAACAUUCAGCAGCAACAUGGCCAUUCUUUCCGAGUUGUGCCCGCUGCCAGUGCCAGAAUUCGCUAUUCGCGUUUGAACAACUAUACCGGUCUGCCUACGACCAUCGCCAGUCUAGAUUUUGAGGUGACACCCUACGUCAGCAGCGACGUCGUAUUUGAUAAGGCGGAUCUCCACCUAUCUGAGGGGGCACUUGAAUCUCUCUCAAAUAUCCCUGGCCUCAUACUUCCUCUCACCUGCCGCCCGAGAGACGACGUGACCUUGGCAUACAAGCUUACGCCCGAGUACGGGCCAGAGACCAAUGGCUCUUCCACGGUCAUGUUGAGCACACUGGACAUUUCCUUGGAGGCGCAGAUCAUGGUUUCCGACGAUUGCAAACCACGUAUAUUAAUGCAAUGGCGAACCAAUGUCGAUUUCUCAAUGGCUCUUAAUCCUACAUUUGGCGGGCCCAGUCCAGCGCUACAGAGGAGCAAUCGCCCGACAAGCCUCUCAAUGCCACAGGGUCAUUCAAGUCGACCAUCGACUGGCACGGCCAACCGCAGUUCUCUCCGGGAGCGUGCGUACUCAGUCACCGAUGUAGGCGUCACGAUCUCUUUCUCCGGACCAGUGCGGGUGGAAGUCGGGUCGCCAUUUUCCUGGAGCGUCUUUAUUGUUAAUCGCUCCAAUGUUCCCCGGAAAUUUGCUUUGAUUGCCAUCCCCCGGCGGAAACGCCUGGAUCCACGCGGGCAUACGGCACGGCCGUCCUCCGCAUCCAUUUCCAGCCGGAAAGAAGAUGGAGUUGCCGAGGCUGUGACGGACGACAAUAUUGUCCAUGCCAUGCAAAAGAGCGUAUCUGGUCAAGAGGCAGAAUUGAUUAGUUUGAGCACUGACAUUCGAGUUGGACCUCUUCUGCCAGGAACCUGCCAUGCUACCGAAAUCAAGCUUCUCCCUCUUGCUACCGGCCCCCUUCACCUGGAGGCUGUGCGAUUAGUGGACGUAAACACGAACGAAACGACCGAUAUUCGAGACCUGCCGGACAUUCUGGCCGAUGAUCAGCCACGCAUCACGGAAUAA